CUAAAGGGGAUACAGCUCUGGCAAUAUCUUGCAAGAUGUUAGGUUUAGGAUUAGGUUUGGGGGUAGGAUUAGGAUAAAAACAAGGCUCUUGCAGCAAUAUUUCAAGAGAUUUUGGCCAUAGCUGUAUCACUUCUAGCCACAACCUAGGACCAUGUGACACUUGUUGUUGUAACAGCUUCCUUAGCAACAGCUGGUCAGUACUGUGAUAGAAGCACAUAUUUCCCAAAAUUCCUGGGAGUUCUUUACCUGGACAGAAUGCGAUCUAAUACAGAGUUUGAAUUGAAGUCUUCGGAAUUGGACAGGAUUUCAUUUCUAGCUCAACCCAAGCAGUCCAAGAUGGUUUGGUUCACAAGGCCGUGGAUGCUGACAUGGGGAAAUCAGGAGUCAAUACGGCCUCUGUCCCAUUCUGCACUGCGAGCCAUUCCAAGCCACAGAAUAAAAGCUCUGGCCCAGCACAAAAAAGAUUUCUCCUGCCAUCAGACUGAGCGUGGGAAAGAGGAAGAGGGAAGAAUGAUGAAGAAGAUGCUACAUCCAUCUCACACAUUACAGUAUGAGCACAUCAUCCGUCUGGCCACUCCCAAACCCAGAGGUCGAAUCUCGCAGGAAGUGGGUUCUCCACAUUCAGAGCUGUGCGAGUAUAAAUGUCCCAUCUGGCACGUGAAACCCUGCGUGAGGAACAUCUCAAAACGACUUCUUCAGCUGGCCCUUCCUAAAUCCAACCACCCCAACUUCACCAGCGAUAGACAGAACAUACAGACAUUCAUUUCAUGUUCUGCUAAAACAGCCAAGAUGACCCCACGACUGGAGCAGCUCUCACUGCCCAAAUUGAGAGAAAACAGACACUUCUACGACCUUGGAGAACCAGAAAGCCCUAUCCGACCGGUUUCCAGAGAAGCCCGAAACGCAAUAGCAAGCGCUCGUGUUCGAAGUCUGUCUUCUCCCAAACCCCUCUCUAAAGACUACAUCCAUCCAAAAGAACCAGCUUGGAGAACCUGAGGAGACGAGAUGAAGGUGACAGACCUGGAUUUAUUUUUUCAUUUCGCUCUGUCUUGCAGUUUUUCUGUGUCCUCUGGUUUUGUAAUCACUGUCUGGGGCUUUGUUUCAAAACUUUGACUGAACUGAAAGUAUUACAUGAGUCUCGGCCUGCUGGCCGCUGAAGAAGGGCUUUUGUUUUAAUGCUCCUGUGGAUUCAGACUCUCAGCUGUCCAGCCAUCAGAUUUCAGUGUAAAACACUGUGGGCGAAUCUCAGAUCAUCAGCAUCUGUUGUACAGAUGAUUGUUUUGAAUGGGUUUUGCUUUUUUGAAAAUUAUGUUUCUGUUUUGUGUAAAAAUAUAUAAUUUUAUUAUCUGCCUGGUUGCCUCUGCAUUGAACUGUGUGGUGCACUUAAUGAUGUUGAUGUCAAACUCCUGCUAUGGUAUAAUUUGGUUAUAUGGUUUUCUUCUUCUAAGGGCCAUACUGUUUCCCUUGUCAGAUAUUUAAAUAUACAUAAAUAUAUGGUUUUAUUUAGAUUAUAAUCUAUUCACAAUUACAGUAACAUUUGCAAUGAUACCAUAUUCUAUAUAUGUAUUAAAUUUUUCUGUGGUUUCUUUUCUUCUUCUUUAAUGUAAAGAUGCUUUGAAGCUAUGCAACACUGUAAAAGAGCAUUAGGCCACAGAAAUAAUUUUGACUUGUCUAUUCUCAUCUCCAGUAAUUCUUUUUUUUAUUUUACUCUUAAAAUCUUUAUUUUUUCAAAGGUCAUUGAAGUUUUUAUUCCUUAGAAUAGAUUCUCUUCUGUCAAGCAAUUUAAAUGUAAACUUAAAUAAACUAAAA